ACCAUUCGAGGAGAUGUAUAAGCACCUUUUGCACAACUCAUCGGAAUUACCGCCUAAAGAUAACCACGAGCAGCUCAUUGUGGAGGAAAUCGAGCUCCUGAUGAUCGAUCUUGGCCGGUUGAACUUAAGCGAAUUUGACAGAAAGGAGUGCAAGCAACAAAUAGCCAAAGCUGCACAAGAAUGGGGAUUGUUCCAAGUUGUAGGCCAUGGGAUUUCUAAAGAUAUUCUGGAUAAAAUUAGAUUAGAACAAAUUAAUCUCUUCAGAAAGCCAUUUCAUGAGAAGAUAAAUAGCAAAAAAUUGAGUUCAUUAGCAGGAAAUUAUAUUUGGGGAACACCUUCAGCUACUUGUCUAGGACAGUUAUCUUGGAUAGAAUCAUUUCACAUUCCCUUGGGAGACUUCUUGAGUUCAACCAAUCUUACCAGUCUCAGCUCAACAAUAGGACAAUUAUCAAUGGAAAUGUUUGAAUUGGCAAAUCUUUUGGCAAAAAUUCUUGACAAGAAAUUGGGUCAUCAUAAGCCAAACUUCUUCAAAGAAUCUUGUUCCCCAUUCAAUUGCUACCUUCGGAUGAAUAGAUAUCCACCUUGUCCAAUGCCACGUGGAAUGUUCGGAUUGGUGCCACAUACUGACAGCAAUUUCCUCACAAUAUUACUUCAAGAUCAUCAAAUUGGAGGUUUACAAUUUGUAAAAGAUGGAAAAUGGGUGACUGUGAAACUUAAUUCCGAGUCCCUUAUUGUUAUCAUCGGGGACUUGUUUCAGGCACGGAGCAACGAUACUUAUAGAAGCAUUGAACAUCGAGUGAUCACCAAUGAGCUGAAAGAGAGAUUUUCAACUUCGUAUUUCUUGUGUCCAUCCUAUGAAACAAUUAUAAAUAGUUGUGUUGAGCCUUCAGUUUACAGAAAAUUUAGCUUUCAAGAAUAUAAAAAACAAGUCCAAGAGGAUGUCAAAACGUUCGGUUAUAAAGUAGGUCUUUCAAGGUUUCGAUGA